GGGGCGGAGCUUGUUCGUGACUCGCCGGAGGACGCCGCGGCUCCCGCGUUUUAAGUUGGCUGAUCCCUUGGGUGCUGCCUUGCGGGCGUCGAGUCCGGAGGGCGCUUAGCCGCCGUUCUCGGUUGGCGCCCUGAGCUACUAUCAGAGGCGACAUGAGUGCCGCGGGGCUGUUGGCUCCGGCCCCGGCUGGAGCACCGCCGGCUCCGGAGUAUUACCCGGAGGAAGACGAAGAACUGGAGAGCGCCGAGGACGACGAGCGAAGCUGCCGGGGCCGCGAGUCGGAUGAAGACACUGAGGAUGCUAGCGAGACUGACCUGGCAAAGCAUGAUGAAGAAGAUUAUGUAGAAAUGAAGGAGCAGAUGUAUCAGGAUAAACUGGCUUCUCUCAAGAGACAGUUGCAACAGUUGCAGGAAGGUACGUUACAGGAAUAUCAGAAGAGGAUGAAAAAACUAGAUCAGCAGUACAAAGAGAGGAUACGGAAUGCAGAACUCUUCCUCCAGCUGGAAACUGAACAAGUGGAAAGAAAUUACAUUAAAGAAAAGAAGGCAGCAGUGAAAGAAUUUGAAGACAAGAAGGUGGAGCUGAAAGAGAACCUGAUUGCUGAGCUGGAAGAGAAGAAGAAAAUGAUUGAAAAUGAAAAGCUAACGAUGGAACUGACUGGAGAUUCUAUGGAGGUGAAACCCAUCAUGACCAGAAAGUUGCGGAGGCGACCGAAUGACCCUGUCCCCAUUCCAGACAAGAGGAGAAAGCCCGCACCUGCCCAGCUGAACUAUUUGUUAACAGAUGAACAGAUCAUGGAGGAUCUGAGGACGUUAAAUAAGCUUAAGUCACCCAAGAGACCAGCCUCCCCGUCCUCUCCCGAACACUUGCCUGCCACACCUGCUGAGUCUCCAGCCCAGAGGUUUGAAGCCCGGAUAGAAGACGGCAAACUGUACUAUGAUAAAAGAUGGUACCACAAGAGCCAGGCCAUCUACCUGGAGUCCAAGGACAACCAGAAACUGAGCUGUGUGAUCAGCUCUGUCGGAGCCAACGAGAUCUGGGUGAGAAAGACAAGCGACAGCACCAAGAUGAGGAUUUACUUGGGCCAGCUUCAGCGUGGGCUCUUCGUGAUCCGCCGGAGGUCAGCGGCUUGACUUUCUACAGUGCUCGCCUUCCCUUGACCUUUUUUCUGGAGUGGUUUUUGGUUUUUGGUUUUGUUUUGUUUUCUUUUCUUUUUGAUAGAAAGUUUUUAACUUGGGAGUUGCUCCUUGGCCUUGGAAAAUGGAGAGCACUGUUGUGGAUUCUGCAAGGCACUCUCGUGGCCCGUCACUCCCACCUUUGUUUCAUUCUUGCUGCCUCGACUUCCUCCAGCCAGCAGUCAGGAGACGAUUUUACUUUCAGGAGUGUCGGGAGUUUGAUUUACUCACUUGGUUUUUAUUUUUGUUUUUUGUUUUCCUCCAAAGCUUCCUUUGAGUUUGAAGGCGCAUUUCUUUUUAUUAUCUUUAGGUCUUUCUACCCUGAAGAAGAGCGGGAAGGGGUACACUCUACAGUGCAUUUUCAUGCGUUGAGUCUGAUUAGUGUGUCACAUAGCUACUUCCCUUGUCGAGCCCAAUUUGCUGUUUCCGCAGCAGCUCGGGGGAGAGGUCCUAGCAGAAGGAGAUUAAUUCUCCUGGCUCUCAGCUUGCUCAGAGAAGUAAACGCCUCGUGUAACAUCUGGCACAUGCCAUCCUCCCCCCUGGCUGAACGACAGAAGCAUUUGCCUCGGGGACUACGUGCACUGAAGUAAUUGGGGCUGCGGGGAGGGGGUGUUUCAUAUUCAUAAUGUGCCGAAGGUACCAUAUUUUAAAUGUUAUUUAAUGCAAGUGGUUUAUUCACACACCAUUGUUCAAGCUCAAGCUGGAACAGGAAGUGGUCAUUUCAGAUGGUUUCAUUUGUAAUUCAUUUCCCCUGUUCCAGAGUGGGUGAAGUGGUACCUGCCACAGGCUGAUUAUCUGGGUUAUCUGUUGAAGGUGGGGAAGCGAGGUAGAUAGUGCAAUAACCAGUGAUCUAUAGACUCUCGCUCAUAAUUCAAAUCGCACUCUCGUCACCGAUGCCAUUAUCGUGCAUUGGCCAUUUCAAACCAGUGGAACCCUGUCGGCGCUCGCAGCCUCCAGGAGAUCUCCCAGGAGGUCUGGCCCAGGGCGAAGACGGAAGGCUGUGCCGUGGCUGCCACUGAACCUGCACUCUUACUCAUGGGUCCUGAUGAGACAGCCUCCCCUGCACUCCCUGCCUCCUUUCCCUCAUUCCUACAACUAGAGACGUGAGUCGUUGGGUGAUGGGGUUUUUUAUAUAGUAGUUGCCACCUUAUGAUGCUUACAAAGUUUUGGGGGUUAGAGCAACUGUUAGCAUCUCUGUAGGCAAUCAGUAGACUUUAUACAUCCUGGGAAACCUUUGUAAAUAACUUCUUUGGUCUCAAGUGAUCCCCCCGUGUUGUCUCUUGAUCUGCACACCUCAAAGCAAGUUGUGGGGCCGCGAUGACAAGUCAGUCACCUUCUCCAAAGUCCUGGCUUCGACGGAGACCAAACCCUACAGACGCAGAGUAAAGACUUGUGAAGAUUUAUUUUUGUUUUAAUUUAAAGUUGAUUUUUUUCUUCCUUUUCCUUUUUUCUUUUUGGUGUUGGGGUCUCAUUGAAAAACAGGAUAAACAAUGCUGUUCAUCAAACAUUGUCUGGACCCUCUGUGUUAGCUCUGCCCCCCAACCCCAUUGUUAGGAUGCUGACUACAGUGGACCCAGUCCAUGGUGAACAGGGACUUCACCUUUUGUUUCUUGGUGGCCUUUGCUCUUUGGGGAUCUCUCGCUUGCAUUGUCACCAUGGUAUGUGUGACAUUGUAUGAUAUCAGGUAGCUGUUGGUUGUUAUCCAGCGCCCUGUGAUAGAAAUCCUUUAGGUAUAUUUAGUGUGUGUUGCCACUGAAGCUUUGUUUGUUUGUUUAUUUUUGUCCUCCUAAAGUACACCAAAGUUUGUUGUUUUUUUGUGUGUGAAAAGAUUGUAUUGAUAACUGUUGAGGGUUUAGCAGUGAGGCAGCAAGUUGCCAUUUUUCCUUGCCUAGUCUGAUGGCUCCUUUGUCUUUUGUGAACUAACUUUAUUUGAAGAGCAGGGUCUGGCACUUUGGCCUCUUCUAUAAAGUUGCGGGUGUUUGAGGCCACAGUUAGGCACGGCGUCUGUCCCAUCACUGCCUUCUGUGCUUCCGUGUCCGCACAGCUGGUAAAAUUAUGAUCUGGGGAAAUGGAGGGAAAUGUGACGUGGCUGUGGGGCCCGGCACCGUGAAUUAUAGUCCUGACCCCGGGUAUUUAUUAGUUUUUUAAUGUGAUCACUCCAGAGAUGAGAAAAAUCAGCAUUUUAGCCACUCAGGCCCCCUCCUUAGGAGAUGGAGGAGCUUUUGUGAUUGGCAGCGUGACCUAGAGGGAGAAACAGACUUCAUGGUUCCUGGAAUAAGAGGGGCCAGCUUUUAGCCCAGGUGGCCAUUCUUAUUCCAAAAGGUCUGUCUCUCACUAGAUGAAUUCCCAAAUUCCAGCUGUUUCCUGCAAGUGGUACUUUAAUAAAGGUCGGUCCAGACAAUUCUGAUCAUGAACCUGUAUGUGUGUCAUUCUGAUUGAGAAGCUGUAUGUUUGUGGUUCUGCUCGAGAACCUGCAUGUGUGUUAUUCUGAUGGAAGAACCUGUAGGCGCAUUUGGCUCACGGCAUCUGCCUCAAGUACACAGUGUUUGCUGUUGGUGUGUCCCAGUAUUUAUUUUACCUCUUCUCGGAGGUUUUGUGUAUUUCCCCAACUCCCUCUCUCCCUAAGCCAGUGUCCUCUUGAACAGUUUCUGUAUUACUGUAGCCGAACCAAAGCCGGGAUAUUUUUAUUUGUCCGGAUACUAGUAUUUAUGGAUGUCUAACUACCUAAUGUAACUUAGUUAGGAAACAACAACAGACUUCUAACUGGGGCUGGUGCGAGAUACCAGAGGCUGAUCUGCAAAUCGAGCUACUCACAUUUGUGUGGGAGAUGCUGUGUUCAGGAUUGGGUGACUUUUCUAAGAAAUACGGGGGAGGGUUGGUUGCAUUUUUAAUCUAACUUGGGGGAAAAGCCUAUUUUUUACAAUGUUGUUGGUUUUGUUUUCUAUUAACAUUUCUUUUAGCCUUGAAUUUUUACUAAAUUUCAUCCUGAUUUAAAAUCUUGUUUCUAAUCUGGGAAUUUGAAAUCUUGGUACUUACUUAAAUGUUACACCAAUUUUUCCAGAAUUCAAACCACUUUAAUAUCAGAACAUGGUUUUAAAAAAUUACAGCCAUUUCAAGCAGCUGGUAGGCUUUUUAUACAAUAACAUCAUUAACUGGUACCGUUAAAUGUUCUGAGAGGUGAAUGUAAAAUGUAAGAAGUACAGCUUUUUAAAAAAAAAAAACAACAAUAAACUUUCAAAGA